AUGGCUGCUGCGAACGACCGUGGCCAAGCUGAUGCGCAACCCCGAGCCCAAGCCCAAGCCCACGCUGCCAAUGCUCCCGUCCCUGUCGGCCCCCUUGCCCAGGGUCCUCUUGGUCCUGCGGCCCCGGCUCCUGUCGCGCCUGUUGUCCCGCCCGUCAGCACCAAGGCCAUCAUUGAUCAGUACGCACUGUCACCGUUGUUCGUAACGCCGGUUGUCGACAACGCUGGCAACGCCACUGGCAUGUACACUUGCAAGGCAUGUCAGAAGACCCUGAACAAGAGAAGCAUGGCUGAGCAUGUGCCCAACCUGCAUGUUGGCAAACAAUGCAUGAUGUGUGCCUUUGGCGAUCCUGCCGGUGGAGAUGUCCGCGAGCAUCUCCUGAGUGACCACCCCGCCGUCAAGCAAGGAAAGAAGUGGUCAUGCACCUGGCAAGGCUGCACCAAAGUGGGAAACGAUGGAUUGGAGGGGGAGCCCGAGGCGCAACGCCAUGGCCGAGACGAAGACGAAGACAGGGACGAUGUCGGCGACGAUGUCGGAGACUACAACGAUGACGAUGUCAAUGACUAUGACGAUGACGAUGUCUCGAGAGACUGGGAGCUCUGCCCUUCGCCUAUCAUCCUCAUACCAGUGACGUUCGCUUCUUGGCCUGCUGGUAACAGUGGCGUAGUUACGUAUUUCCUGCCCGAGAACAAUGUUGAUGGAACUCUCGGCAUCUCUCUCGAAGUCAUCGUUGACUUCAAUCGCACCCUCAACCCGCUCAUCAGCGGUGUGACUGGGCUUAUUUCCCUGAAUUCAUCAGCAGUACUUGAUCUAGCUAUCGUUGGAAGCAUACGCACCAUCCGAAACUACGUCGAGGGUGGGAGCUUGGAUACGAAGAUACAAGAUGCAAUCCAGACCCAACAACUAGCUGAUGGCGGGAUCCAGCUCAAUCGCAUCUGGCUCGACGAGACAACCGAAACGUUCUUGACCUUCCAAAGCACUACUGGAGUCGCAAUUUCGAUCCAGCAUGGCCAAGCUCACUUUGAAGCAGGCACCUACAGCCUUAACGCGUGGUUUACUUACCCGCAGCUGGACCAACUAUGUGCGACAGACGUACUAAGCCCUACGUCACAGGACCUCUUGUCGCAGAAUCCUGAGGAUACACAGUCCCUGUCGUUCUUCUCGUUUAAAUCCAAGAUCGUGGCGGGUGGCUGGAAGUUUCUCACUUAUUUUGGGCGUGACAGUCUGAUCACUCUGCUCCUACUCCAACCGGUUUUGAGCGAGGGCCAGGGUGGCGCAAUUGAAACUAUCAUCAGCGCUGCCGUUGAACGAAUUGAUCUGAAUGACGGCAGUGUAUGCCACGAGGAGACGAUUGGCGACUAUGCCACCUACCUGAACGAGCAACAAGGGAUACACAGUACGGAUGCGCAGUGCGACUACAAGAUGGUCGACACUGACUUCUUUCUACCUAUUGUCAUGGAUCAGUACUUCGUCCAAUCCGACGUAGGCAAGAGUCGACGAGACGUCCUUCUAGCCACGAAUGCGUCGGUCAUUCGCUCAAAUCAGGGUUCAACCUACAUCGACUUGGUCUUGGCUACAGCAGAGAAAAUCAUGGGCCUCACCGCAGCCUUGGAGAAGUCCGCUACGAAGGAAAACCUGAUUCAAUUGAAGCAAGGCCAGGCGGUUGGACAAUGGCGAGAUAGUGAAAGUGGCCUAGGCGGAGGUCGGAUUCCGUAUGAUGUGAACACAGCUCUUGUCCCCGCAGCGCUCAAAGCCAUUGCUUCGUUGUCGAGUAACGGCCUCUUUCCAUCCCAUCCUAAAUGGUCGCAAACCGCUGCCGACCGGGCGGUUUUCUGGGAAGACAAUACGCUCGCAAUGUUUGAGGUUCACAUUCCGGCGGAUGAAGCCCGCAGUCUCAUAGAGAACUACGUCAACGCGAGUUCAUUUUCCGGACCAACCGACACUGGUGAAGCUACAUCACCCGUCCUCUUCCACGGACUCGCUCUCGACGGCAAAAACCAGCAGCCCAUUGUGAAGGUUAUGAACACCGACGACUGCUUCCGGCUGUUCCUCCUGGACCCAAAGAACCAAAUUCAGCUGACCGCAUACAUCUCGCAGGUGGCAGAUAAUAUUUUACACCCCUUUCCCAUUGGUCUUUCUACCUCGGUUGGGUUGCUGGUUGCAAACCCUGCGUACGCCGGAACCUCGGCCGAUAUCGACGACUUUUCGUCGAUUUCAUACCAUGGUACGGUCGUCUGGAGCUGGCAAAUGGCGAUGAUGGCUGCUGGACUAGAGAGGCAGCUGGGGCGUUGCAAUAACGAGCAACUCGAGUUUUGCGCCAACGAAGUGAAGCAGAAGGCCAUCAAAGCCUACAAUCACCUUUGGGACUUGAUCGAGAGCAAUCGCGAAUACUUGAGCAGCGAAGUAUGGAGCUGGGUUAUGGAAGAAGGGGACUUCCAGUACGCGUCUUUGGGUGCUCUACCGCGACCAGAUGGCCAGGGCUCAAUUGAGAGCGAUAUCCGGCAGCUUUGGAGCCUGACCUUUCUGGCGGUGAAGCGGAAUGACGCGUACGGACUAGAACGAGCGGCUCAGUAG